AUGCUGUCUGCCAUGCUGAUGGACGCCUACUGUGAUGACUGCCCCGGGAUCAGCAUCGCCUACAGGACCGUUGGGAAUCUUCCAAACAGUCGGCGAAUGCAGGCCCCAGCGCGUCUCUCUACAGCUAUUAUCCGCGAUUUGCCCUUCGCCGGCGACUGCGCACUCAUCACUAAAACCAACAUGGGCGUGCAACGAAGCAUAGACCUCUUCCACAUCGGGUGUACCAACUUCGGACUGACCACCAACAAGAACGAAACGGUGGUAAUUCAUCAACAGCCACCGAACGCUGAACACAUUUUCCCUCGGACCCACGCCAACGGCACCGAAAGGAAAGCCAUGGUGGAAAACUUCUGCCCGCUUAAGAAGUGAUCGUGCGUCUCCAACCAGAGUGGGUGUCAUCGGAAAUAAAAAGAGAUCUUAGAAAUAAAAAGAGACUGCGGGAGAGAUACGCCAAAUGUCGACAGUUCGAAUAUUUAUCAGAAUUUAGGAAACAGCGAAAUAGGUGUCAAAGUCUCCUGAGGAGAGAACAAGCAGCAUAUGUGCCAAAUACAGUCAAAUAAAUACCAAAAACCAAAUAACUUCUUCGCAUGUGGGAAUAGCACAAAACGCAAUCGGGACUCCAUGCCCUGUCUAAAGAGUUAUGAAGGAAAUAAGUUAGCUGCAACUUCUUCAUGUCCGUUUAUAUCGAGGAGCUGCCUUUUGAUAAAGAAGUACACCGGCAAAUUGCCUAACCUUGAAAUACAAUUAACACGGCGACGUUCACAACGGACGCAGUACGGAAAACCCUGGGACAGCUACAACAAACUAAAUCGCCUGGGUAAAAUGGUAGAUCGGCAAAAGUUCUGAAGGAACUGGCAGACCAUCUAGCCUCCCUGCUCUCCAAGAUCUUCGAAAGUUCAAUAGAGGAGAGAGCCUGCCUACUGACUGGAAGCUAGCCAACAUAGGCCCCGUAUAUAAAGGGGAGAGAGAACCUCGACAAAUAGCUUCAGACCAGUGAGUCUCACAGGCGUUUGCUGUAAAUUAAUGGAGAAAAUAAUAAAAAGGAAUUGAUGAGACAUACUGAGGAGAACGACUUACUUAGUGAGCAUCAAAAUGGAUUUGGAGGCCAUCAAUCCUGUCCAACUAACCUGCUCACAUCAAUGGAAAGCUAGACGAAAUCCUUAUAGAUGGGCUUGUCAGCCGGUGCAGUAUACAUUGCCUUCAGCCGAGCCUUUGAAAGGAUGCCACACAGUCGGCUCUUAUCUAAACUGCGCCAAAUGUGUGUGACUGGUAACCUACUCUAGUGGUUAGUCGACUUCCUCACGGGCCGACGUCAGCGUGUGCGCACUGAUGACGCCAAAUCAGAGUGAUAAACCGUUCACAGUAGGGUUCCUCAGGGGAACGUUCUGGGUCCCAUGCUGUUCUUAAUAUAUGUACAUGAUUACCUAGAUUGUUUGACCUGCCAGUUGAUAAUGUUCGCCAAUUAUCUGAAGAUGUGGGGUCCAAAUGAAAGACCGGAGGACGCGCCAAACUUGCAGAUUAACUCGGAUCGACUGCAACAGUGGUGUGAUGAAUGGACUCUCAAUCUAAAAUUUAACAAAUGUCAAUUUGUCUGACUAAGAUCUGAUUAAAGAAAGGAUUUGAGAUCUGAGUAUCACUAUUUCCUCGGCAGUCACGAACUCGAGCUCGUAAACGACGUAAAGGACCUAGGCAUGGGGAUGACGCCCACACUCAAACCCUCUUCUCGCUGCACCAUGCCAUGUUGAGGCAACUGUAUCUACAUCGCAACGGCCAUCACGUGGGGAUGAAGACACACGCCUACCGAAACAACUCUUCUUUGGUGAUGUCGCCAAGGGCACUCGUUUACAAGCAGGGCAAAAACGGCGCUACUGGGGAUCUUUGAAGGAGCUUUGAAAGAGCGGUAGAUAAGCCCGAUGACCUGGGAGGACCUCAUCCAGAAAAAGCCGGCAUGACGGAGGGAGGUGAAGACCGAGGCCACCACCUACGAUGCAAAUCGGAUCGUCCUCAUCAAAGCCAAAAGGGAGUAUUGAAAGUCACAAGUGCCUCGACCCAUCCAUGCCAACAGUCAGCCGAUUCCAACAUGUCCACGCUGCCAACGCCCAUUCCGCGGGCCAACCGGCCUUGUGAGACAACUUUGGACGCAAUGCACAAACAACCCGACAACGUCAACUUCCCUUCCCACUCUCGCGCCUGUCGCAAUCCCCGCGCAGACCUUCACCCCCGUCACUGGUGACCACACUUUCGUUGCCCUCCUGUCAUCAAUAACCGAUAUCAUCCAUUCUCCGCCAAACUCUGCGCCGGCCACAGCGACUAGCUCCACCACCACGACAUCAUGCACUCUCCCUCGAUGAGAGGACAUCUGGCAUUCUUCUACCUUCUACCAUCACCACCAACAUCUCAACCCCGGGGAAUGUGGACUCGGCCCAUCGUGUCCUAAUUGCGAUCACACAUUCAGCUCACGCAUAGGCCUGGCCAGUAAAUUACCAAUCCAUCGUACAGAGACUGGCGAACUAGUACCUACUUCAACACCUUCAGAACAAAGGGCUUAAUUCGAAUGAAAGGGUAACUAUUCACGCAGCCUUCAGGAUCGGAAAGAAGGUGAGCGAACAAUCGGAAACUGUGCGGCCACGACCUCUGAAAAUCGUUUUGGGUAGUAAAGCGGAGACUGGCUUACUUCUGUCCAGGAAAAGCUGUCUCCGAGACUCUCACAAGGAAGUUUUUUUUCAACCGGACUAUUCUCCAGCGGAACGUCUGAAACGCCGCGACUUAGUGACGGAGCUGAAGAGGAGACUUGCAGCAGGAGAGAGCAACUUGGCUAUUUUCAGGGGACGAGUGAUACAGAGGAAUGCGAUGCUGCUUUGGAACCAGCCAGUCAUCAUGAUGGCGACAGCAACAUAAUAUUGUCAAGCCGAGACAAACCGAACGAAGUACUGUCAAAUGUUGCAAACUUAAAUUCUUUUACACCAAUGCUCAGAGUCUGUUUUCCAAGCUCGAUGAAAUGAGAAUACAGGCAGCCGAUACUCCUCCCGAUAUUAUAGCAAUAACAGAAACGUGGCUGUCAGAGAACGUGGAUGAUUGCGAGGUAGCACUAACAGGAUAACAAUUGUUUAGGAGAGAAAGGAGGGGCCGCCGGGGUGGAGGAAUUGCCAUGUAUGUAAAGUGCAACUUAACAGGGUGUGAGAGGACGGACAAAAUUUCUAACGAUACAGAGGCAAUUUGGCUGACUAUAAAGGCACGGAGGUCUCAGUCCCUCGAAGUCGUAACUAUCUACCGGCCCCCUCAGGCGGAUCCCGACUCGGACACUUGUCUACUGGAAAGCAUAAAAGAGAUCGUCAGUCGACCAGACGUUGUUCUCAUGGGGGAUUUUAAUGCACCCUGCAUUCAAUGGAGCGAUAUGCAUGCGAAUUGCUCGAAGAAUGCCUUCGAUUACCGUUUACUAAAUACAACCCUAGAGGCUCUUCUCACGCAACGUGUCCUAUCUCCAACUAGAGCACGUGGAGGGCAACAGGCUUAUUGUCUGGGCCUCGUCUUCACCAAAGAUCCUGACAGUAUAGACGAGGUGUACUACCUAUCCCCGCUCGGUCGAAGCGAUCAUGCAGUACUUUUAUGGGAGUACGAGCUGUAUUCUGGACCGUAUAAAAAAGAGGAUACGAGGCCGAAUAUAUGGAAAGGGGACUUUUGCCAAAUGAGAGCUGAGGCAUCACAAAUAGACUGGGAUGUUCUCUUCUCCGGAAACGUUAACGAGGACUGGAAUUUAUGUAAGGGUUGGUUAUUGCAUCUAAUGAAGAGCCACUGUCCCGUAUCAAUGCCGAGGACAUCAAACCGACCUCAGUGUCUAACACGAGAACUAAAAAAGGAGAUCAAUAAGAAAGGAAGAUUGCGGAAGAAAUUUCGGGAAAACAACAACAUUGCAGCAUUUACAGAAUAUAAAGUUCAAAGAAAUAAGGUGAAAAGCCUGAUUUUCAAGAGGCGACGGGAUUUUGAGAGUAAUUUGCUUCACCGAGCCGUUAAAAAUCCGAAAUUGCUCUACAGCUAUUUGCGGAAGAGCACACGUAACAGGAAUCCCAUUCCUGUCAUGGGGAAUGAUGAAGGCUUGGAGAUAUCGGACAGUAAAAAUAAAGCUGAGCAUUUUUCUCAAUAUUUCCAAUCCGUUUUCACAGGAGAAGCAGACUUUAUUCCCACUAGUUCCGCGAACAUGGGAGAUCCCACUAUCGAAGAUAUCGUGUUUCGAGAAUCAACGGUUUUGGAAGAACUAAGAAGCUUGAAGGAAUGUAAAUCUCCCGGUCCGGACGAGAUCCCAGCAAAGCUGCUUUUUGAGCUUGCCCGAGAGCUGGCCAAACCACUAUCCUUUCUGUGCCAGGAAUCGUUCGAUGCUGGAAUCUUUCCCACAGACUGGAAGCCGGCCCGCAUUACACCCCUUUACAAAAGCGGUAGUCGUGCUCUUGCAACGAACUACAGACCCGUCAGUCUGUCAUCAGUCUGCUGCAAAGUGAUGGAGAAAAUCAUCAAAAAGGAGUUGAUGACUUAUCUGGAAAGUCACAAUCUCUUGUCCAAUGUACAAUAUGGUUUCCGUAGGGGAAGAUCAUGUGUAACGAACUUGCUAUAUACAAUGCAAAGUUGGACAAGAGCACUGGACGCAAAACACACUGUGCACGUGGCCGAUAUUGAUUUCCGGAAGGCGUUCGACAGUGUCCCGCACCAACGUCUCCUGCACAAGUUGAGAAUAAUGGGCAUCGGCGGCAAACUUCUCAAAUGGAUCGAGAACUUCCUCGUCGGCCGUUCCCAAAUUGUCUGCAUAGAAAAACAGCAAUCAAGGCGCACAUUCAUAGGGAGUGGAGUCCCACAAGGCUCGGUGCUCGGACCAACCCUCUUUCUCUUGUUAAUCAAUGCUUGUGUAGAUGGGUUGGACUGUGAUAAUGCCAUGUUUGCGGAUGGUAUAAAAAUCUGGAAAGUUAUCCAGAAUGCUACCGAUGAGACCAACUUCCAAGAAAAUCUCUGUCGAUUGGACGAGUGGUCCCGCAGAUGGCUCUUGUCCUUCAAUUUGACCAAAUGUACCCUACUGCGCCUCGGAAAUCAGACCCCUAGUACGCGGCAAUACCAUCUGAACGGAAUACCACUUCGAGAAGCAGAAACGCAGAAAAAUCUAGGAGUCUGGGUUGCAGACAAACUUAAGCCUUCUACGCAAUGUUGUAAGGUGGCCAAGGCCGCACCUCGAAUAUGCAAUUCAGGCCUGGAGACCAUGGACACAUCAGGAUUACAAUCUGCUCGAAAGGGUGCAGAGGCGAGCCACAAAAUUAGUAAGAAGUCAAAGUGCACUGCAAUACGAGAUCCGCUUAACUAACCUUAAUCUCUAUCCUGUGAGUUAUAAGCAGCUGCGCGGAGACUUGAUACAAACUUUCCGUAUCGUGCGUGGCUUGGACUGCGCCCUUCGGUGCGAUGAAUUUUUCCAACUCGCCACAACAACUAACCUCCGGGGCAUCCCUUAAAGCUACGUGUGCCCCAGAGUAGAUUGAAUGUGAGGAAAUAUUUCUUCUCCAACCGUGUCGUGGAACCGCGGAAUAAUCUGCCCGAGACGGUUGUCAUGUCUCAAUCUGUGGCGACAUUUAAAUGUAGACUUGACAGACAUAUGCUACAGCGCCAAGCGGACUAUGCGACUUUUUAGCCAUGAGACCUGUGUCAUAUGUGAAUCAGUGCCUGCAUACACUUACUGCUGUAAUUUCUUCACAUUCUGCUAAUUUAUCGAUUUUUUAUGUACAAAUAGGGAGUUCAAAGGUGUAAGCCUAUUUCCCUCAAAAACACUGACUGACUGACUGAGAGUGCUAACUCGCCGCAUUCGCCUCCACUGUCCACACCGGCCCCGCACAUUUAACCCCCCUCCACAAUCCGCCUAUUACGUCACAUGCGCAUUAGCAAAAAUUUGCGGCAGACAACCGCAGGCCAUACCACUCCAUCAUACCUUCAGCCCACAGCGCCUAAAAAACACAUCACGUAUGCAAGGAGUGUGUGCACACAUGGGUAACACCUCUCAGUCAAUGAUUGACUGGCUAUUCAGCCUUUGAAGGGUCAUGGCCUAAGUUAACUGCAUGGAUGCAUCUCACUCUUCUGGGCCUUGAGGAUCAUGUGCGUCUGCUAUGCCCUGAUCCAUCAAACCAUGGCACUCGCAGCGUGGUAUGCGUUGGUAGUUAUUUGGCAUCUGGUCCCCUGCCGAUGGAUGCAUUUGUGCUCCCGCUGUGUAUACAGACCGUGUGUGCGUGUGUGUGUGUAGGUAGGUAGGUAGAUGCUACGCAAGUCUACUGGCACUAUAAACCCCUGCGUAAGUCACCGUCCCUGCUCCCACAAUGCAGUCUGUGGGGCAUCGGUGGACAUCGUCGAAAUCGACGGUCGAACUGUCGUCGUGUGUGUGUGAGAGAGAGAGAACACCACCUCAUCCUGACGAACACGUUCUUCUGUCUGCCGGAACGAGAGAAGGCGACCUGGAGGCAUCUUCGGUCGCGUCAGUGGCACCUGCUGGACUAUGUCCUCGUCCGAAGGCGGGAUCAGCGGGACGUGCUGGUGACGAAGGCGAUCGCGGGUUCUGACGGGUGGACUGAUCAUCGCCUCGCCAUCUCGAGGAUGCGUAUUCGCCUACAGCCUCGCAGGAGACCACAAGGUAAGCGACCCCCAGGUAAACUGAAUACUGCCUUACUGUCUUUGCCAGCUCGCCACCUUCAUUUCAGCAAUGAGUUAGCUCAACGGCUAGACAACCUUCCUAUCGCUGCCGACGCCGCCGCUGCCGAGAACGCCUCCGUGGAGAACCGCUGAUGUCAACUGCGAGACACGGUCCAGUCGACAGCGCUCGCCGUCCUCGGUCGCGCUCCCCGCCAACACCAGGACUGGUUCGACGACAACAACGCCGUCAUCAGCAAUCUGCUCGCCGAGAAGAACCGCCUUCAAAAAGCCUACGUAGACCACCCUACUGACGACAACAGAGCUGCUUUCUACUGCGGUCGCCGUCACUUUCAGCAACGACUGCGCGAGAUGCAGGACGCCUGGACUGCUCGUAAAGCUGACGAGAUCCAAGGCUACGCUGACCGCAACGAAUGGAAGAACUUCUCUGCGAUCAAAGCUCUCUACGAUCCGCCGACGAAGGGCACUGCCCCUCUCCUCAGCGCCGACGGCAUCACCCUCCUGACUGAGAAGACACAAAUCCUACAGCGAUGGGCCGAGCAUUUCGGAGGAGUCCUCAACCGCCACUCCGCCAUCUCCGACGCUGCCAUCCACCGUUUGCCGGAAGUGGAGACCAACGUGGACCUCGACCUCCCGUCAUCUCUCCAGGAAACCAUCAGGGCCAUGCAGCAGUUCUCCAGUGGGAAUGCACCCAGAUCGGACGCAAUCCCUGCUGAGGUCUACAAGCACGGAGGUCCCCAACUGAUGGAUCACCUGACUGCGCUAUUCCAGGAGAUGUGGCGUCAAGUAGAUGUCCUGCAGAAUUUCCAGGACGUCAUAAUCGUCGUCAUCGUGGGACCACGGAUAUGA